AUGGAGGCAAUCCAAGCAGCAGCAGAAGGCACCGCAGAUGCAGCCAGUGAUGCGGCAGGUCAGCUUUCUGAUCUGAGUCUGCUUAUGGGCGGUACAGAAGCAGGAUCAGGGAUGUUAUUAGGAUCAUUAUCUUCCUAUACAGCAGCGUUAGGGUUAGACGAAGCGUUGAAGAAUGAUCCACGAGCACUUUGGUCUAGCUUCGCGAUGAUUAUUGUCUCAGAAAUAGGCGACAAAACAUUCCUCAUAGCCGCAAUCCUCGCCAUGCGACAAUCUCGUCUCGUCGUAUUCUCGGGAGCAUUCGCCUCUCUGGCUGUCAUGUCCCUUCUCUCCGCCCUUCUAGGCGUAAUGUUCCCCUCCCUCCUCCCCAAAUCACUAACCAACCUCAUGGCUGCAGCACUGUUCCUGCUCUUCGGUCUCAAAAUGGUUCGCGAUGGCCUACAAAUGUCCGGCGAUGAAAUCAAAGAAGAAUGGAAAGAAGCCGAACGAGAAAUCGCACAAGAAGACACUCACGAACUCGAUUCUCUUGAACAUGGUCAUCCUACUCCCUCCCAUCCUCUCCCACCCUCUUCCAAGAAGCGAUCGAUGGCAAGUAGAAUUCGAGAAGGAUCGAAAAACCUUUGCGGUUUAUGUUUUAGCCCCCUCUUCGCACAAGCAUUUAUCCUAACUUUCUUGGGAGAGUGGGGAGAUAGGAGUCAGAUCGCAACAAUAGCAUUAGCAGCAGCACAUAAUGUAACAUUGGUAUGUGUUGGGACGAUCGUCGGACACGCUUGCUGUACGAGUAUGGCAGUCAUCUGUGGAAGUUGGUUGGCCAAGAGGAUAAGUGUUAAGCACGUUACGCUCGGUGGAGCAAUGCUGUUUUUAGUUUUUGCCCUGGUUUAUGCUUGGGAGGCCUAUGCGGAGGAGGAUGGCGGCAUGGGCGAAGAGAGGUUGGUGCAGAUUGCCAAAGCUGCCGUUGGCGCUCGAGGUGCUGCGGUGUGA